CUUAAAUCCUUAAAAAUACCCUUUUAUUAUAAUUAUUUUUCUUCCUCGUUCGUUUAGCGAUAAGCAACAACGUACUUUAAAUUAAACCAUGCAAUUCACUAUAUGCGACAGGUUAAGUAAAGUUGGGAUGCCAACUUUGACUUUUUCAACGCAUAAACAAAGGAUGAACUCUCUUCAAAAAGGAUCUUAUCCUAUUCUUCCUGGGUCUAGUUUUUUAAAUAAUUCAAAUGGAUUAGUUUCCGUUAAAUAUAAUUUUAAGCCGGAAAGCGUGGAUCGUAGCCGAAAAGGCGACAUGAAAAAAAUUCAGGAUACUUAUCAACUGAAUGUACCAUCUACCCUUGAGGAUGGACGCCCUCAUGUGUUUGAAGGAUCGGGUCAACAUGCACGAAAUGUCGAUUGCGUUUUAGUAUAUAAUCCUAAAAACAAGACCUUUACAAUUGAGCAGAUGGAUGAGAUUAUAAGAGUUCAUGCCCUUCGCAAUGGGGGACGAGCGGUUGCGAAUUCAGCACCCCAACAGCCUCCAGAACCCAUGACUCAAGGAAUGGCUUUUCCUUCAGUGUCGUCGUCCGUUCCAUCUUCUAUAAAGGAAACCCCUAAUACCGCUGGGUUGACGACAAAUAAAGGACCUAAUCAAAGUUCACAUCCCCAAACUUCGAGCCGACGGUCUAUACCUGCAUUUGCAUUGUCAGCAAAAAAUGCAGAAACUCGCCCCAACUCAACUUCAACUCGAGAUUUUGAAAUUAUUGAAAUCGAGUCAGGUGCAGAAGGCGAAGCUGAUGAUGUGUUGGAGCUCGAUGACUUUGCAAAAGAACUUGAGCUCGGUCUUGAUCAGGAGUUAGGGAGUAAUCCUGAGGAAAAAAAUUCAUCUGCGACUGGAAAACCAAUCUCAUUACGCGACUUGUCAAUGCAAGAAGGCGGACAACCCUCUGCAUCCCCUCACGACGCAUUAAGUAGUGCCUCAGAAGAAGAUUGAGCUUGAGGAUGACAUGAGCAAGGGUGAUUUGGAAUAUCAUCCGCAGCGAAAGAUGGUUGUACGAAGGAUUCUUUUGAAAAAAGAAAUAAAAAAUUAACAAAACAAGGUUUGUUUGUUUUACCUUUACGAAGGAGACGCAUUCCUUUGGUAAAAAGUAUGUUUGGAACUUGUAAGUGAAAUUCAAAUUCCAUUAUUGGUUUUAUACAGUCAAACCUUCUUUUUUUUGUCAUGAAUAUUAUUUUAUUUUAAUGCUGAUGCUAUUCUUAUGGUUUCUAUCUAGAAUAAUAAAUGAAAUGCAAGCUUUAUCUCGUUUCCUA